GGAGGAGCCCCUCCUCUCCUACACCUGUGACCUCACUUCUCACUCGUGGUCUGGGGAAGACCAAAGACACAUUGGGUACAAGUGUGGAACCUGUGUCCAGUUCACCUUCAGGUGAGAUGAGCACCAGGAUUGAGAUACUGUCCACCUCUGAAGCCUCCACAGGUACAGAUGCAAUUCAGCCCUCCAAAAACACAGCUGGGACCCACCGGGCCAACACAAUUUCUGGACAUGAAGCACAUUCCUCUGCCCCAGCUGAAUCAGAGCCAUCGAGUGUCACGUCCCCAACGGUUACUCCUUUCCCCUCUAGGGACACCAGUGUUUCUACAUCAAUGCCUCGCUCUUUAGAAACUACAGUGUUUGAGAUACACUCCACAUCCUCUCUGACUCCUCCACUGAGGAAGCCCAGCCCCGUCCAGCAGAACAGCACAGCCACAGAGAAAAUCGCCGUCCCUUCCAAAGUACCCACUGAUACGACUAUUGGGAACUCUAGGACCGAACCGAUCUCCCCUAGCAGCACGUCCAUCCCUGGCCCUGUUCAGUACACGUUGUCGCCAGACAUUCCUGCAGGCAUCAUCACCGGGCCCUCUGCCUCUCCUGUGCCAACAGAAUCUGCAGAAGUCACCAUGACCACCCAAACAGGUCCCAUUGAGCCUACAUCACAGGACCCACUUACCUUGGGCACUACAACCAACACCUCAGGGGCAGAGAUCCACUCGACUGUGACUCACAGUUUUACGCACCCAGAGAUGACCACUCUCAGCAGCAGAGGUCCCGAGGAUGUGUCUUGGCCAAGCCCUGCCUCUGUGAUAGAGGCUGGCUCUCCAUCUUCCCCAGUGAUUGUACCUGCCAUGACAACACCCUCCCCUGAGCCAUCCAAAUUACCAGGGAGGAGCCCCUCCUCUCCUACUCCUGUGACCUCACUUCUCAACCGUGGUCUGUGGAAAACCAGAGACACAUUGGGUACAAGUGUGGAACCUAUGCCCAGUUCACCUUCAAGUGAGAUGAGCACCACCACUGAGAUACUGUCCACCUCUGAAGCCUCCACAGGUACAGAUGCAAUUCAGCCCUCCAAGAACACAGCUGGGAUCAAUGGGGCCAACAAAAGCUCUGGACGUGAAACACAUUCGUCUGCCCCAGCUGACUCGGAGCCAUCCAAUGUCACGUUUCCAAUGCUUAUUCCUUCCGACUCUAGGGACACCCGUGUUACCACAUCAGUGCCUCACUCUUUAGAAGCUACAAUGUUUGAGCUAGACUCCAUAUCCUCUGUGACUCCUGAACUGAGGAACACAAGCACCGUCCAGCAGAACCGCUCAGCCACAGAGGAAAUCGGCGUCCUUUCCAAAGUACCCACUGAUACGACUACUGAGAUCUCUAGGACAGAACUGAUCUCCUCUAGCAGCACGUCCAUCCCUGGCCUUGUUCAGUCCACGAUGUCGCCAGACUUCCCUGCAGGAACCAUCACCUGGCCCUCUGCCUCUUCGGUGAUGACAGAAUCUGCAGAAGUGACCAUGACAACCCAAACUGGUCCCACUGAGGCUACAUCACAGGACCCACUUACCUUGGGCACUACAACCAACACCUCAGGGGCGGAGAUUCACUCCACUGUGACUCAGAGUUUUACGCACCCAGAGAUGACCACUCUCAGCAGCAGAGGUGCCGAGGAUGUGUUUUGGCCAAGCCCUGCCUCUGUGAAAGAAACUGGCUCUCCAUCCUCCCCACUGACUGUACCUGCCAUGACAACACCCUCUCCUGAGCCAUCCACAUCACCAGGGAGGAGCCCCUCCUCUCCUACCCCUGAGACCUCACUUCUCACUCGUGGUCUGGGGAAGACCAAAGACACAUUGGGUACAAGUGUGGAACCUGUGUCCAGUUCACCUUCAAGUGAGAUCAGCACGACCAAGGAGAUACUGUCCACAUCUGAAGCCUCCACAGGUACAGAUGGAAUUCAGCCCUCCAAGAACACAGCUGGGACCCACGGGGCCAAUACAAAUUCUGGGCAUGAAGCACAUUCCUCUGCCCCAGCUGACUCACAGCCAUCCAGUGUCACGUCCCCAAUGCUUACUCCUUCCACCCGUACGGAGACCAGUGUUUCCACAUCAAUGCCUCACUCUUUAGAAACUACAAUGUUUGAGCUAGACUCCACAUCCUCUCUGACUCCUGAACUGAGGAACACCAGCACUGUCCAGCAGAACAGCUCAGCCAUAGAGAAAAUCGCCGUACCUUCCAAAGUACCCCCUGAUAUGACUACGGAGAUCUCUAGGACCGAACCCAUCUCCUCUAGCAGCACGCCCAUCGCUGGCCCUGUUCAGUCCACGAUGUCGCCAGACAUCCCUGAAGGCCUGAUCACCAGGUCCUCUGCCUCUCCUGUGACGACAGAAUCUGCAGAAGUGGCCAUGACCACCCAAACAG